GUUCAAACAAAUUACAAUAUUAGGCAUAUUCAAAACUAAUCUUUAAAUGUCAAUAUUUUUUGACAUUAAUUCAUAUUAAUAAUAAAAAUCGAUUUUCAAUGCCUUUCGUGAAACUUAACAUUUUGCAAUGGCACUGGAAGUUCUAUCGACUCUCUCAUCGCUCGCCUGUCAGUUGUUGUUACAAUGGGAAAUACUUAUACUUUUACGAAACGAUCGACUCUUGAAAACGAAUUCGAUUAUGUUGUAGACGACUUAGAGCCGGUGUAUCGAACGCAUGAGCUUGGAAUACUCAAAGAGGGUAUUUGCUUUAGAGUUACUGGUAAAAUACUGUUAACUUGUGAACGUUUCUUCAUUAAUUUUCUAGUGGAUAAUGCCGCCGGUGACGUGGCGUUGCACCUUAAUGCGCGUCUACCGCAGAAUUAUAUCGUGCGUAACAGUCGGAUCAACAAGCGUUGGCAAGUUGAGCAGAACACCUCAGCAAUACCAUUCACACUGCGACGUGGCACCAGAUUCCUCAUGCAAUUUCUCAUCACCGAAACCGCCUUUCUCAUAUCGGUGAACGGUUUCCAUUUCUCCUCAUACCUACAUUGCAUACCAUAUCACUUGAUUAGCUCUGUGGUGGUGAUAGGUGAGGUCACAGAUGUCACAGUGACGCAAACAGAGGUCGCCACGUAUCCCGAUCGCAUCGAUACAAUACGACCUGUGGAAGUAACAGUCAAAAGUGGUCUCGGGUCGCUGCCUUCGACUAGGUCUGGUUAUGCUCAGCUGACCAGAAGAGAUAUAGGUUGGCGAUUCACCAUGGUAUUGAAAGACUUGCGUUGGCAGGCUGAAAUUACGGCACCCUAUGUGGGUAGCUUACCGAAGAAUAUUAUGAAGCCGGGUCAUUUUCUCAAAAUCGAGGGACGUGUCAAGUUAUUACCAAUGUCAUUUUAUAUAAACUUACAAAAUGGCGUUUAUUUUUGGCCACAUCCAAUCAUCGCCUUCCAUUUCGCUUCGUGCUUUAUUAAAAAACAAGAAAACAUAUCUAAAGCGCAAAUUGUACGCUGCGCUUGGUACGAUGGCGCAUGGUCACCAGAAGAACGCUCGGAUAUAGAUACAGAAUUCCUACCGGGUAAAAUAUUUCGUUUGGCUAUUGUGUGCAUGGAAAACGCUUACGAGGUGUAUUUAAAUGGCAAGUUUCUGCUCGAAUUCAGGUAUCACAUGCGACCAGAAGUGGUGGAUACAGUGUACAUAUGUGGUGAUGUUAAGCUAAACUGGGUGUCACUACAUAAUAAUGUUGAAGAUGAUGGCACCACUCUACAAUACUUCACCACACAAAUUUUAAAACAACGCUCUACAUUCUCCACUCAGCCGCGAAGGGAUACUUACCGACCCACGUUUGAACCAUCGACUAUUUAACAGUUAUACUCACGUAAGCUGGUGGUGUACGAACUUAAUGGCGGUAUAU